AUGGCUGGCCUUCCAGAGGGCUGGGACAUGGACUAUGACGGUCAGCGAUGGUUCUACAAGUACAAGCCCACCGGACACAUUCAAUACCACUUCCCCAAGGAGGGCGACGAGUUCCCCGACUUUGUCGACGCAGGCGCCCCGGCGCCUGACCUAGCUCCCGAAGAGCGUCUCGAGUCGCAGCAGCAAGUUCGCCGGCAUGCGAGCACUACAACGGCGAGCGCCUACGCAAAGGCGAGGAGGGAGGAGAAUGGCUGGGAGAGUCGCAUGUCGGCCACCGCGAGGCCUGUGAGUGCCGUGUGGGACGGUGAUGGCGGCGGCGGCGGCGAUGACGACAACGCCGUUUUCCAGCCGGAGAACUUUAUGUAUCUCGGCCCGGGAGCAUACAACGAUGUGAGCCCGCUGGCCGAGGAGGAAGAGGAGGCUGCGAGGAGGGUUGUUGCGGGUGGCAUUGAGGACAAGUUCGAGAAGCCUCCCGGUAAGGGCGUGAGCCCAAUCGCCAGCGAGAAGACGACACCCGCCCAUGGAGCAGCUCAUGCCGAGCUCGUAAUGGGAGAGCCGGUCGCUGUUCCGCCCACGGUCCCCGAGGAGACACACGAAUUCGUCCCCAUGGGGCCCCCGGACCCGGUGGGUGUGAUAGCUGAGAUGCCCACCGAAGAUACGGGCCCUGCGAGGGUAGAGACGAAUCCGCCACCGGUCGAAAUGGCGGAUAAUAUGGUGCUCGCACCCAUCGAGACGGCCCCGCCGCCGCUGUUGGCAGAACUUCCGGAGCAGUCCAGCCCCGUGGAGAAGAAGAACGAGGAACCUCAGCUCGCACCGGGAUCGCUAAGGAACUAUGGUGGUCAAAUGCAGCCUCUGCGGACACAGAAGAAGCCAGCGCCUCCAGUAGAGGAAGUCGUCGGUGGAUUCCAAGCUUAUAAGCCCAAGUCGGCUGGAAACACACCAGAUAUCUCACGGGGGUCCACGCCCAUGAGAGAGGAGCCUGUUCUGGAGCGAAGAAGGACGUUCCAGCCAGAAGAUCACCUCAUGAUGAAUAUGAAACCUGCUCAGCCGCCUUACAGAGAGGCUACGAGUACUCCAGCUGUGCUUGCGCCGCCUCAAGUUCCCCCGAAGCACCCGAUUGACGACCCCUCAAUACAGAAUGCACCGACCCCUCCUGUUAUGGGUAUCGAUUCUGGCUCUGUUGGGCCUCAGGGACCGCAGCCUCCGCCAGGCAAUCUGGCAUAUAUGCCCUCUGUGCUCAAGGCUGGACGGAGUGGAAAUCGACAGGAUUCAUUCUCGGCUGGACCAUCAACGUUGGCUUCACUCGACGAUGAUAAGAGGGCAUCCUUGGCACCAGGUCAACAGGGCGAUCUCGCUCAUAUGCCUUCCGUGUUGAAGCCAGCCCGUGGAAGAGCCCCCUCGCAACCUGGUCAACAACCUCAAUUUCCACCACAGAAUCCCGCAGCACCACCUGGUCAAGGACACGGGUAUAAGCCACCUGCUCAGGGACAACAUCCCCCGUCCAUGACUCCGGCACCUCACGUCCAGCAGCAGCGUCUUCAGGAGGAACCCAAGAUGGGCGUUCAACGAGUCAACACCGUCCCCGACUCACUGCCUUCUCAAAGACCAGCAUCUAUGAUUCAAGGCGCAACAUACCAGGGACAGCAGAUGAGUGUUCCAGCUGGUGUGAAUCAAGCACAGCAACCUGUAAGGCCUGCAAGUGUGAUGCCAAACAUGAUGGGAGGACAUCCCCAGCAAGCAGCAGGACGGCCAAAUCCCCCAAUUCCGGCUAAGAAAGGCGUUAUCCCACCGUAUCCUGAUCAGAUUCCCGCCACAGCUCCUCCUCCAUCAGGACAAGCAGCUCCGUUCGGGAGACCUCCGGUUCAAAACCCGCCGUAUCCUGUUGACAGUCUCCCGUAUCCCGACGACCCUCCAAUGCAAAGGCCACCCCCGAAUUUCCCGUCGCAGGGCGCUGGUGCAGCGCCGGGUCCUGGGCAUCUCAACCGACGCCAUUCAUCGUUCAGCGGUGCAGAGGUUUCGCCUAUCGACUCUCGACACGGAAGCAUGUCCUCUAUGUAUCCCCUUCAAACUCCUUCUCCCAUGGAAAACAGCCGUCGGGGCUCAUCGUCCGCCUCACUCAACCAGGCCGUUAACCAACCUAAUUACACACCCUCUCCUGUCUCACAGUCUUCAUCGUCCAUGUACGGCUUCACGCCUACGCCUCCUUCGGCACCAACCAACCAGGCCCAGCAAGGCUACUUCACCAUGCAAGACGUCGAAGGUCAAGGUCACGCCAUAGCUGCGCAAAACAUGCUGCGCAAGAAGUCACUGAGUCGAGGACCCCCUGAUGCUCGACGAAGCUCUGUGGGCUCGCCGCUGUCCUCUCCGCCAACAACGGAGUCGUAUGGCGUGGCCCAGCAGGGGCUGGCACGCUCGAAAUCUCUCCGCCAGACAUCUCAGGGCAACGUUGUUCCGCAGAGCCAAGUCGUCCCCGCGCCGACCCCGCCACCGCAGGGGCAGCAGUUCCUGGGCCGAAUCGAAGAGCACGAAGAGGUGCCAAGCGGGACAGUGAGCCGGUCUUCAACAACGAGUGGAUCGCCAGAGAAGACAAGGCGCAGUUCGAUGGCCUCGUCGGUACAGCAUAGUCCGGCGGGCAGUCGGAGGACGAGUCUGCAGGGUGAUAGUCCAGGAGGGGCCUCCCCUAGUCAACCCCAGGGGCAAUAUAGUCCUUCGAACCACCCCCCCCAGGGCCCUAUGCCUCCUCAAGGACAGUUUAUAUCCCAAGGUCCAGUUCAGGGGCAAGGACCUCCAGGUGCUCCCUAUCCCGGUCAGACGCCUAUGCAAAAUCCAGCCCAGCUGCAAAGGAAGCCAUCUAAGGGGCAAGCACCUAUCCAAGGUGCUCCUCGUCCUCAAGGCCAGCCCCCGUACCCGAAUCAGAUGCCAGUUCAAGGACAAGUCCCCGUUGGCGGCCCGAUGUCACCUCAGGGACAGAUGCCCCCUCAAGCUCUGCCUGGACAGCAAGGGCAGAGACCACAAGGGCAGCCUAUUCCAGGCCAGACUCCUCCACCAGCUCAGACUUCUCAUCAUGGCCCAGGAAAGCUACUACGGAAGCUCUCAAAGACGCAGCCUUCCCCACCACAGGCUGCCCCUCAGGGACAACCUCCUUACCCACAACAAGCACCUGGUCCAAAGUUGCUGCAGAGAAGGUCUUCUCAAGGGCCAGGCAACUCCAUGGCACAGGCUCCUCCCCAAGGCCAGAUGCCACCAGGCCAGAUGCCACAUCCCGGCCAAGCCCCCAACGGCCGAGUGCAGCCGCAGAUCCAGAUUCCCCAGAAUCAACAACAAUGGGCCCCCGGCAUGCAACCCCCAACACCCCAAGGAUUCCGUCCUGGUUCAGUCCCGCCUCAAGGACCGCAAAGUGCCGGCCCCAAAGAGGGCAAGGGAGGCAAGUGGUUCAAACUCUUCAAGGGCGGCUCCAAGUCUACAGCUCCGACCCCGACAACACCAACCGUGUCUUCUCCGGUGACGGCUAUCAACAACGCCCCCCCGAGAUGGGGUGGUGGGGAGUACUCGACUCCGGCGGUUUGGCAACCUGGACAGCCCCCUACUGCUUCACUGGGACCUGGCUUUCAGGGAAACAUGCCGCCACAGCCUGGCCAAGCUCCUCAACCUGGUCAGAUGCCUCCUCAGCCUGUCCGUGGACCUGGAAACGCGGCUCCUGGACAAGUACCCCCUGGGCAGGGCAACAUGCCUCCUCAGCCUGGACAUAUGGCUGCCCAGUCCAGUCAGAUGCCUCAACCUAGUCAGAUACCGACCCAGCCCGUUCCUGGGCCUGGAAGGGCGCCGCCUGGACAAGGUCCCCCCGGGCCCGGCCAAAUGGCUCCUCAACCUGGUCAAAUGCCUAUCCAGCCUGGGCAAAUGGGUCCUAAGCCUGGCCAUGUGCCUACUCAACCUAGCCAGAUGGGCCCUCAGCGCGAUCAAGCACCCCCUGGAAUGGGCCAAGUACCUCCCGGACCUUCGCAGAUCGCCAUGCAACCUGGACAGAGACCUCUGGGACCCGGCCAGAUGCCUCCUCAAUCUGAUCCAAAGCCUCUCCUGCCUGGUGAAAUGGCUCCUCAGCCUGGCCGAAUACCAUCUGGGCAUAUGCCACCACCCAAUCCCCAAGCGCCUCCUGCAGUCGCGGCCCAGAUUGCACCGUCUCCUUCAGCCGGACAUAUUCCAGCAAAUGGCCCUUCUCAAAUGGCCCCCUUAUCACCACCCUCAAAGGCUGGACCAAGCAACGCUCAUCAGAAUCUCCCAUCUCAGAUUCCUCCACCAGGGCAGAACAGUGUUUCCAGGCCCCCUCAGCCUAUGCCCGUGCCACAAAGACGGGCCCCUGAGCCACAUCAGUCAAGGAAUAUACCUGCACCGCUCAGGCCAGACACCCUUCGUGCAAGUCCCGAGCCACCGCUGGCAUCGAGCCCAGGCCUGUCUGAUGCUGGGUUAUCUUCAGUGAGUCGGGUGUCCUCUCACCAGAAGAGAGAUAGCCUGUCUGAUGCGGGAUCUAUCACGACCAUCGAAGUGUCUGAAGCGAAGCCCCAGCCAGUAUUGCGACCUUCAAUUGUCCAGGUUCACAGAAGAUCUACGGAUAUGUUCCGGAAGUCUGAGGAAAUCCAGCGCAACAUGGAGGCUCUGGCAAAUGCGGAUGCCGCUCCCAGGGGUUCUUCAGAUACCUCUCGCUUCGAGCAGCCCCUGACAAUCCAGAAAGCGCCUUCACCAGCUCCUAAGGUUCAGCAACAGCAACCCAUCUCGCGGCCGGGUUCAGCUACCCCUCGUGAUGUCCUUGAAAGGUCCCUCAGUCCAGCACCAUUGUUCUCCAAGGGCGGCUCUCCCAAGUCCGUCCAGAAUGGACCUUCGAGUCAUCGAGAGAACAACAUGGAACCAACACCACUCUUUUCCAAGUCUAACCCUCCUGUGUCGGCUGUCUCUGGCCUCCCGAGUCAACAGAUGAAGCCUGCACCGAUUGUGCAACAACAACCACCAACUCGGCCAGCUCCUCCCCCUGCAGAUGACAAGUGGGCAAAGAAGCCAGUCGUGGACUACUCUGGCGGAGACUGGGGAGAUGACGAUGACUGGGACUAUUAA